CUAUUAUCUAUGGUUAUUUACAAACAGUUUUCUCAAAGAAAAAGUUUGAUCCUGCAGAUGCUGCAUAUAAAUCACUUAAAAUGUUGCUAUCAUUAAAUAGCGAUCAUAAAGAACAUUUAAGUUUAUUGACUAAACAACCUGUUGAAGUUCUUGUUGAUUUUUGUAAACUCGCAAUUAAUCUUAUUCAAAGUGGCCCAGAAAUAAAAUUAUAUAAAGCCGCUGCUCAGAAACUGGAAGUGGAAUUAACUGUGAUACAGAAUUGUGUAUAUGGAUUAGUUAAUCUUCUAUUACAAUUUUGUAAAUACAAUUUAAAUGAAAGUGAUUUUCGGGAUUCCGUAUUAACGAUUGGAUUUUCAUCGGAGCAGCAAGUAAUUUUGAAUAAAUUUUAUCAGUCAAAGAAGAAGGAGAUUAUUGAAAUAUUGGAGAAACUUGAAGUGAAUGAUGUGCAUUAUAACAAUUUAGAAUGGCGUUUUGAGGUUGAAGUUUCUUCUCGGUCUUUAUUACAUAGAGCAGAUCCUAUUGUGGCAAUGAAUUUAAAUUUAAAAAGACCUCACAAUACAGAUGGAUUUCCCACUGUUGAUAGCAUAUUCCUUCAAACAGAUCCUACAAACUUGGUCCAUAUUGCUAAAGAAUUGGAAAAUUGUUUACAACAAUCCAGAAGCAGGCAUUUUCGAAGAAUACAAAAAGGACUUUGUAAUAAUAAUAAUUAAUAUAAAAACCAUAAUAAAAUUUCUAAUAUUUUAAAAACAAAUUCGUUGUUACUGACAAUAACAUUAUAUACACUUAAUUUAGUUGUAUUCACAAGUAAAAUGUAAGUUUAAAUUAAAAAUAAAAGUCACAGUAUGAACACCAUUGAUGCACUUUUAUUGAAAGUCAAGUGGUUUUGACAACUGUCAUGAUCAAAGCUAACAUAUAAAUAAACAGAUUUUUAAGCAUAAUUACUUCAACAAUAUCAAGAGACCAUUUAAUAUCUCUUAUCACAUCAAUUAAAGAAAAUAAUAAUUGUAUACCUCUUUUUUACAUGUACAACAAACACAAUUAACUUAAAGUGUUUACAUUACAAACAAAUUAUCAUUAUCAUAUAUUGUCGGGUAAUUUAACAUAAUUCAUUUAUUUUAUACCUAUUACUACGAUAUUUUGUUUAUUCACAAUUACAUAUUUGACAUGAUAACAAACUUACCAUUUUUAUUUCAUGCUUACAACUACAAUAGUAAUGUUGGAAGUGAAACUACAUUCAUAA